AUGCCAGGUUUCAAUAGUACGAUGAUGGUAAGGCUUUAUUCUACUGCCAAGAUAUCUAUUCAUGAUAUAACCCAGCAAAAGUUCAGAGAGACUAUGGGAAGGAUCUGUAAUCAAGCGAUGAUUUUGACCACAGCUGUGCCUAUACAUUGUAACAGCGAUAGAUUCCGUGGUGUUACAUUGUCCAGUGUUACGUCGCUUUCGUUGAUGCCGAUACCGCUUAUUCAAUUCAAUCUGCAGCUCCCCUCGUUUACUUCCGAUUUCUUACACGAUUUUAACCAUUUUGCAUUACAUCUUAUGAAACCUAACGAGCAAUCGAUUCACCUGGCCCGGAACUUUAGUAAGGGUGCCAUGAAAAACACCCAUAAUGGUGAGAUAGUUCCGACUCAACCUUUUGUAGGGUUACAAGAAGGCGUCGAAUACGAUACUUAUGACAUAAACGGUACUAAUUUACGUAUUCCUUUGUUGAAGAACGCCGAGAGAGUCAUUGUAUGUCAGGGUUUGAAAACCUUCAACGUGGGUGAUCAUGAGAUAUGGGUCGGAAAGGUCGAGGAUAUUGUGAAUCGAACGUCUGAGGAAGGUGCUGAUGAUCCGAUUAGUGGUGGAUUAUUGUACUGUAAUCGGAAUUUCCAUACGUUGGGAGAUCCCAUUAGGAAAAAGUCUGGCUAA